AUGAAGCCAGGCGCCCUAUCAUCAGUCAUCCUGGGACUCGAUCUACUCAGCACCAGUCAGGCGAGGGCAUUCAAUGCGGCUCCUCCUUCACAACUAUUAGCAAAGCCGCCUCGCAAGAAAAAUCCCACGGAAUGCGAUUGCUUCACGGUGACUGGCCCUGAUCCGGGAUACUUCCAACACUAUAAGCUCUGGGAUUUUCGCUCCGUUCCAUUGGUCAAACGGGCUCAUGUGGACAUUGCAGAGCUCAAUGAUGAUGGCCUGGAACAAUGGCCAGACCUAAAUGACGAAGAAGUUGAUGGUAGUGACUUCGAUGAGGAUGAAGACCGCCAGGAUGACAAGGACGAGCCCGAUGCCCUCUGGUUCUUCGAAACUGCCUUCGACAAGGACUGGAUCAGCCAGCAAUGGGAGCGGCCUCGCACUGCUGAGGCUCCGAUCACUAUGGUCAACUCCAAGCACAACGUCUUUUUUACCAGAAACCGCCAAGAGCUGGACAAACUCGCCACAUUCCUGGUGAUGCGCACCACCCGUCAUUGGAACUAUACUUCGACCGCUGAAAUCGAGACCAAAGUCUGCGAUAUCUUCCGCUGCUCCCUGCGUGUCCGACUUCGGAUCUUACCGUAUAACUUGGUUGUCUCACAGCCUGAAGAUACUUUGUCCUGGCACAAUCAGAGUAUUGAGUUGAACGAAACUGCCAGUCCCGCAGAGGCCAAGCCAUACCCCGGUGCCUGUGUCGGGAUCUUCACGUAUCGCGCUCACAACUGCGAAUCAGACAUUGAAAUCUUAACAAAGGAUCCGCCUUACCGAGUACACUAUGCCAAUCAACCAGACUACGAUGCGAUCAAAGACGCGAUGAUUCCCGGUGCGAGCACAACCAAGGAUCUCCCCGUGCACUGGACAACCUGGACUACCCACCGUCUAGACUGGCUCUCUAAUAUCUCGCGCUGGUGGGUAGACAACAAGCCCCAGGACGCCAAGACAUAUCGCGUGCCCGAUCUCCCAAGCAGACUGGUAGUGAACCUGUGGAGCAACGGCGGUAUUUGGACGGGCGAUAUGCGAUUCGGCGAGAGCGUCUUGCUGGCCAUUGACUACAUCGAGCUGGCAUACAACGUAUCCUCCGGGUCACAGGGCUUCAAGGUUCCUCCCUCCGAACGACACGGCGGACAUCAAGUUCCUGCUAUGAAUACCUCUUCGCCCGAUCUUGACACCCGGCCGGAUGAAUCUUGGGCACCAGGCGCGGAAAUCAUCGACGGAUCGUCGAUGAAGAAAUGCAAAAAGGGCCGGAGGGGACGCAAGUGCAGAAAGGGUCGCAAGAAGCAUGGGAAGAAGCCGAAGCUUCCUCCCCAUAGAGUCCCGUCUUUGUGGUGUGAGCGUGCAUGUAACAUUGAUGACCUCCGCUUCGCGAAUGGUGGCCUGCAUGGUUGA